AUGGGAAAACGUCGAAAACGAUAACGUUAAACGUUCAGAUCGAACGUUCAGUGAUCGAACAUUUGAAUCACCCGUUCGUUCGUCUAUGUUCCGUAUGUGCUGUGAACAUAGCACAUCUCUUAAAUUCCAUUCCAAAGUAAAUUUCAUUCGAGAACUACGAAUUUUACGAAUUAAAAAAUUAAAAAUGGAUCGUUGCGAAGCUCCAAACUGUAAAAUGCGAACUUACGCACCAACCGUCGAACAAGUGGAACUUUUUAAAAAUAAUUACGUUAUUUCAUUUCACAGGUUUCCUGAUGAUCCGGUAAGAAGGCAAUCUUGGAUCGACGCUGCGAAAAAACCGUCAUGGAAACCACCGAUGUUCCACAGCUCAUUAUGUUCUUUACAUUUUUGCGAUAAUUGUUUUGAUGAGAAUAACGAUCUUCUUGAUCACGCAGUGCCAUCAAUCUUCUUCGAUGAUUUCAAGAGUCAUAUGAGAGAGAGUGUGAAGAAAUUGGGCAUGGAAUGCAAGUUGGACGAUGAUGAUUUCUUGAAACCUAGUCAAAGUUCUGCGAGUACACAGAACUGUAAUAUAAAAUCCAAUAAACGCUCUACAAUACCUACAACUAAUCCAGUUAAAGUGAAUGUCGUACAUUAUGAAGAAGUUCUUGUAUGCGACGAAAGCUCUGAUAAACUCGAUAUAGAGCACAUUUCUAUACCGGUAUUACACGAAACGAUGCCCAUAAGUACGGAAAAUAAUCACAAAAAUCCACGUGUUCAUCUGCCCGCGUUAGACGUUUCAAAAAUUAUUUUAAAUAAUAACUCUUCGAUUGAAGGACGUAUUAGUGGAAGUAAAUCAAAAUCGAACCAUGACGAUGAUGCUGUAAGCACCAAACGAAUUAAAAUUCAAAAGGAUUCGGAUAAAUUGAAAGCCAGUUCAUCUCCAGUGGCCUCUCCAGUUGAAUUAAACGUUCCGCGAUCGAAUCAUUCGACUAAAUCAACCAUUACACCGUCUACUUCGGUAACAAGUCAACCUACGGCUACGUCGAGUGUAUCAGCUGCAUCUAACUCUUCUGCUCUAGUACGAGGGAAUAGUAGUUCGAGUGGUUAUUCAGUUAUGGAACCUACAACCAAGAAUCUCGUUCUACAGCUACUGAAUAUCGUCAAGAUGGCGAACGCUUCUACAGAUGAAAAUAAACUUAAAUCUGGUCCAACUCUGAACAGCUAUUUAGUCACGUCGAAAUGUGACGAUACAGAUGCUUCUGAUCUGUGUGAAAUAUUACCAUCAGCGUCGGUCAUUCUCAACGUAGCCAAUUACGUGAAAGAGAUAAAAGAAGAAUCAUUCGUGAAACCGGACAACGUUAACAUUAUUUGCGGUAGUCCGGCUAUAUUCCUUUUGAAAAAUAUAACCGUUCAAGAAUGUGACCCAAGUAUGAAUUGCGUUUACGUAAUCACGAGUGAGAAUUUGCUUCCGCAUCUUUAUAAAAUGAAAUUGAAAUCGGGUGUUUCGACCAAGUCCACUCCGCAGCAGUCAACUACCGCGUCGAAUGCCGCCGGAAUGAUUGUUCAAAAACCUCUUCAAGUGGCAGAUUUAGUAUCCAGUGCUAAUCCGAAGUCUGUUUUGCCGAUUCAGAACCAGCUACGUGGUUCGAGCGAUACGACGAAACCGAAUACAGUUCCUAAACGUGUGUCCAAUUCGAGUAAUUCGGUAUCUUGCGCUGAUCCUAAACCUCGACCACUCGAUUCGAUUUCUAAUUCUGAUUCUGUAAAGAUAUCGGAAAAUAAUUCCGUUCUAAGUUCCUCUUUAACUACACCUUCCACGAGUAAUUUGGACGCGUUUGUUUCUGCAGCUAAACUACCGACGAUUAUUUCUUAUAAAGUUUCGCAUAGUUCUGCUACUCAACCACCGGCGAAUGAUUCCGUUUCCGGUACACCUUUGGUUACAGUACCGAAAAUGGAGUUGAGAAGUAGUAAUUCGACAACUCCACCGACGAAUGUUUCUACCUCGAAAAUACCUUCGGGUACGCCACCGGUCAAUACUUCGAUUUGUUACAAUUAUCUCACUAAAGGAGCAGCGAACAUUUCGAUUUCUACUCCAGCUAAACCUACGACAACUGCUUCGGUAUCUCAUUCUGUGACUAUAACACCGGUGAAACCUGCGAAUUCUUCAUUAAAAUCACCAUCUUCUGUCACUCCGGCCAAGCCAUCGGUAAAUACUUCAAUUUCUGGCCCUAGAGGAAAGUUCGUUAAACCAUCUACGAAACCGUCAAUACCUCAAAAUUUUACGAUAAUUACUAAUUCAGCUGUGAAACCCGCGUUUUCGACUACUCCUAUUGUAAAAACAAUCUUAACCACACCAGAUACAACGAUAGCUCGAGUCAUACAGUCACCUCAGAACUCGGCAGCUUCUACUCCAUCUGUAGCUCAACUCGGUGUGCAGCUAGGAAGUAUUAACGUGUCGAAAUCUCAGCCAUCAUUCAUCUUGCGCGGUAAAGAUGGCGCAGUUGCGAGAACUCCAAUUCUUAAUGGUGUUCAAAGUUCACCUGCUCUAUCUGCGAUCAGAUCGCAACCACCAGCAUUGAAUGGAGCUAUCGCUACUAAAUCGUAUUCUCAAUCUCGGAGUAAAUCUCAACCCAAUGCCGCCGCUCAACCAACUUCGUUGAAACUCCGACCAAUUCAACCGACUAGUUUCGAUACAACUUUGAAACCUGCCGAAGUACUCGUAACCUACGAUUCUUUAACUUCUACAUCUACACCGAAGCGUCAUGUUACUAAGCAAACUAUACCUACAAUUCCGGUACAAAAUCAAUCGACGGUUAUACCAUCUCUAAAACGUAAAUGCGAUGAAACAGAUGACUCCGAAGAUGAUGACGAUGACGACGACAAUGAUCCCUUUUUCGCUAAUUGCAACGACGAAGAAUACGACAGAGAAUACUUCCAGCAACAGCGAAAACAGAUCAGCAAAUCUGAGGCGAAUAUUUUACAAAAAGAACGCGAGAUUAAUGGUUUAAAGAAGAAAAUACAAUCGUUGAAAAAACGUUUGAAUUCAGUCAAAGAUCCCAGUGAUACUAAAACAGACGAGCAGCUAGUCGAAGAAAUAUUAUCGAAAUACAUCGAUUCGAACGGUAUUCAAUUUUUCAUUGGUCAGAUGAAAAUUGCCGGUAAAACAUGCACCCAGUUUAGAUGGUCUGAAGACGAUAAGCUUUUCGCUUUAGGGUUACUUUACAAGAAUCCUGUCGAAUACAAUGUUUUAUACCAAAAAUACACGUUGCCUUCCGAUAAAACAUUGAAUAAAUUCGUCAAUAAAGUUAAAAAGGCUGAAAUGGAGGUCAAAGGUACCAUUAGUCGUAAAUAAUGUUUUAAGUUUGUUUAAAAAUAUAAAAAUGUUCCUCGCUGUAUUUCACUUGUUUUUUUUUUUUUUUUUUUUUUAAUAAAUGUUAGCAGAUUUUUAUUUUCUAA